AUGCCAGCUGCUGUCGCCUCCACGUGGAGGGACCGGCGGCGGCAGGUGUUCCAGUCAGUCUUCCGGACAGACAUCGCCCAACCCACGCCUCCGUCAACGCCAGGCAGCCUCAAUUUGGUUCCAGGACAGCCUUUCGGCGGCCCCGCAGCGUCCUUGCUCGGCCAGACGCCCCGGCAGCAGGAGCAACACCAUGGACCCUCUCCAGGAGAGCAUCUCUUCCUGCGAAGGACGACCCCUGAGUCGUUCCUUUCAUCGGCACAGCCACUCUUCCCUCCAAAUAAAGACCAGGAGACGUAUGACCGGGCAUGGCAGGUUGUGACCGCCCGCAUCGCCCUGCCCUCGUCUGCCACGGCCGAUGAUUCGUUCGGCGCCCUUGCCGCUGACUCGCCGCAGCAGGCGUCGAGCAAACCAGACACUGCCUGGGGCGGCAUCGACCUCGACUUUUACGAAGCCUUUGCCGUCCUCGUCAACGCCCGCUCCCUGCUGCCCGGCGCUACCCGCACUGACGACAUUCUCGCUUGGCAUGUCCGCCAGGUCAGGGUGCACUUUACACAGCACGUCAUCCCGCUUUUGACCGGGUGCGUGGAUGAUGACGAGGGUGAUGCUGAGGAGUCGGGGAAUGACGAGAAACUGGACGCCAGCCGCUCGCGGACGCGGCGGAAGGGCAAUUACUACGACAGGCACAUGGUGGUUGUUAUGAGCAGUAUCCGCACGCUGGAGGCGGCCCUGCGCCUCUAUUUCUUUGGUCUCAACCAGCUUCUCUCGGGCUUCGCUCGUUUGGCGGAUGCUUCGCCCGAGGUGGCCAAGGAUGCCGAGCUGCUCAAUACCCGCUUCCGUCGCGAUCUCCAUGCUCUUGUGAGUAACUCUGCUUCAGAAGGCUUGACGAACUCCAUCAAAGCCGUCUUGAUUCGCCUUGCCGGGGCGAUAUUGGGCAUUUCUUCUCCAGAUGAGGCCGUGACGGGAGGAGAGCAGCGUCGGCCGGCGGCCCCCGGACCACACGACUUGAAAGUACAAGCUGCCAGGGAGCGCCUGACUGGGUUGGUUCAGCAGCUCCACAAUGUAGGAUUGGCUGGCGAGCGCUUCCAGAUCUUGUUCGCCGAGGUAAUGGACGGCAUGAUGUCCGAGUAUGUGACCGGGGCGUACGCCGGUCUCUGGUCAACGCCAGAGCCUCGCUCGUUCUCAGCCGCUAUGGGCUCAGUAUCGCAGGGCACAUCACUAUCCGUGGCGUCGCCUUGUACAAUGUCCCUCAACGACUGGGUCGAAAACCACUUCGCCCGCUUGAGUUUUGAAGUACUGGCCUGCAUCUCGCCCAAUCCCCAAGGCACGUUACCAGUCUCUUUGGCGGAUCUUAAGACGUACCAGUCGCUUGCCCUGGGCCGUCUGGCGGCUCUCCGCACUCACGAGCUGUUCGACAUUGUGCUGGCAUGGCCUGCUUCCGGACCAGCCCUGGAUGACCUGCGCGCCACCAUCACCACGGCCGCUCGCCGGAAGCAGCUGACGGAUAGUUUCUCGCGCGCGCUACAGACGCGCCUUCUGCAUCCCGGGUGUAGCACGCUCGAGAUCCUGCGGACCUACAUCUCCAUCAUCCGCACGCUGCAUGCGCUCGACCCCAGCAAGGUGCUCCUGAGCCACGUGGAGCCCGGGCUGCAACUGUACCUCUGCCAGCGUGAAGACGCCGUCCGUGUCGUCGUCUCCGGCCUGCUGGCUAAUUCCGAAGAAAUCCGCGCUGCAAGAAGUGCCGAAGACGCCUCAAAGCAUCUGCGCGAGAGUCUUCAGAGCGCCGUCGCCGGCCGCGGCAAGCAGCAUACAAUAAGCCUCGCCCCGUCCGCCUCUUCCUCCACCCCUGGCCCGUCAAAUCCUCUCACCAAGUCCAGCAACACCUCGCCAACAAUGAAUUCAACACAACCCAUUCUAGACCGCCUCGGGUACCACCCCACAAAAUUAGUCGAGCUUGCCCUUAUCCUAAACAACUCCUCCCAAAAUCAACCCCGCCGCCACCGCACCCCGUCCGCCACCACCACCACCAGCACCAACCCAGACCGGGACCCAGACCCAGAGCUCGAUUGGAACGACAUGUCGUGGCUGCCGGACCCGAUCGACGCCGGCGCAAACUAUCGGCGCCCGCGCAGCGAGGACGUGAUUGGCACGCUCAUCUCGGCGCUGGGCAGCGAGGAGAGCUUCAUCAAGGAGUUUAGCACCGUCAUGGCGGAGCGAUUGCUUUUGCCGCCGAGUAGUAUUAGUAGUAGUAGUAGUAGUAGUAGCGCCACUAUUAAAAAUGAUCGGGUACCGUUGGAGUUUGAGCAGGAACUCCGGGUCUUGAGGCUGCUGAAGCGGAGGUUUGGAGAGGCGAGUUUGCAAGGGGUGGAUGUCAUGGUUAGGGAUGUCGUUGAGUCGAGGGGGUGGGAUGUGAGGAUUCAGCAGAGGGGGAGGAAAGGGGGUGCGGAACGGGGGUUGGAGUACCAUGCGCGAAUCCUGUCGAGACUGUUUUGGCCUGGUCUGGAUAGGGAACACUUCCUGUUGCCUGAGGUGGUCGUUGAGCAGCAGCGAGCGUAUGAAGCGGGCUACGAGCGACUCAAGUCGAGGAGGAAGCUGACGUGGCUGAAUCAGAUGGGCCAGGCGAGGGUGGAGAUUGAGUUGAGCGAUCGGAGGGUAGAGGUGGAGUGUACCACUGUCGAGGCGACGGUUAUUUAUGCGUUUCAGCGGCCAGGGAGUAUUGGCGAGGCCGAGGACGCUCCGCCGGUGCAGAAGUCGGUUGACGAGCUGUAUGAACAGCUGCAGAUGGACGAAGACCUAAUCACUGCGGCGUUGCAGUUCUGGGUCAACAAGGGCGUCCUCCGGCGUGUCGGGUGCGCGCCGAAGACCUACGUUGUCGCGGAAACCCUCGACGAACCUCUCACCGCCGGUGCCAACAGUGCCGAGGCCACUGCCACCAGAGCGCCGACUGAUUCUACCCACCAGCCUAUGGAAGAAGAACCGGAGCCAGUUGCAGCAGCGGCUGCCGCAACAGCAGCCAAGCCGGCCGUCUCGGCCAAGGAGCGCGAGCGCCGCGAGAUUUACUGGCGAUACAUCCAGGGUAUGCUGACGAACGCCAGCGCCAGCAUGCCGCUGGCGCAGAUGGCCAUGAUGAUGAAGAUGCUGAUUGCCGACGGGUUCCCCUGGAGCAACGAGGAGCUGCAGGACUUCCUAGGGGAGAAGGUGCUCGAGGGGAAGAUGGAAGUUAUUGGGGGGAAGUAUAGGCUUGUCAAGAAGUAG